AUGUUGGCGCCCAAGCAAUACUCUGCACCGAGUGCACCGUCUCAGUUACCCGCCGCAUACCACAAUCCCUCGCAGAGACCCGCAACAGCUACCAGAGCUCCAGACGGAACGGGUUUCAUCAGCCCCACAAAAUCCGAGCUGUCAGAGGGGCAAGAUGAUCUUGCAUCGAUCCGGGCAUGGGACGAGAAACGAGUGGCUACCUGGCUUCACAGUAUCAAGUGCGGGCAAUAUGAAUCUCUCUUCAGGUCCAACAACUUCAACGGCGACAAUCUGCUCGAGUGCGACCAGAAGAUCCUACAGGAAAUGGGAAUUAAAAAAGUGGGCGACCGAGUGCGCAUUUUCGUCGCCAUUAAGCAACUCAGAAACAAAUCCGGAACGACCUCACGACAGAAGAACAUGAACACUCUAGCUGCGCUCGAAGCCACAGCCCUCUCAAAUUCCUCCCGUUAUUCCCACUCCCGCCUUCCCUAUCGACGCACAUCUCAGCUGGCUGAUGAUGGUUAUCUCCCUGGGUCACCACCCGCCGGAGACUCCGAAAGGGUAACAUGGCGCAAAGAUUACAACAAUCCAUCUUCUGGAGGCUCAAGUUCUGGCCGAAACCCCCUCACACCAAACGAAGGCAGAGGAAGCUCCCACCCUCGCAACCCUAGUCUCGACGGUCUCACAAUGGGCCCUCUACCGUCAAAUUCACCUGUCAUUCGUGUGAUAUACACAGGUGGCCAAACAAAGGUGUUGGACAUUCGGAAUUGCGCAACGCCAGACGAAGUUAUUCUAUGUGUGCUGAAGAAACUCCAGCUUCCAGAACACCAGUACCGAAACUAUUGCUUCUACGUACUGGAUGGGCUCGACCCGGACUUGUCAAAUUGCCGAAAGCUUGCCGAAACUGAGCUUAUGGACAUCUGCGAGAGCUACAAUCGAUCCGAGCGAGGUCGUUUAAUUCUUCGGAAGAUCCAUGCUGGUGAGCCUGACCAAGACGAACUUCGUCGGGCUUCUCAGCUAGCAUAUGAUGAAAGCCAGGCCACACAUCAGCAUGCUAUGAAUAAUUCCAAUACACGCCAGAAAAAUAAGAUUCAGCAACUCACCGGCGAAUCCUGGCAUAAUAUCAAACAGCCGCUGUCUCCCCUGGGUCCUCGGCAUCGUCCAUCUAACUCGAGCCUUGAAGAACAACGGGGACCAAAUGAAGAACGCAACCCAGCGGCCAAGCUUCGUUCAUUCUUUGGGCAGCGUCCCCCUAGUGAGAUGAUCAUUCACGAACUGCAAUCAUUCUUCCCUAGUCAUGACCGAGAAAAUAUUGAAAAGACGAUGCGCAGAUCUCAACGACUCAGUCGUGCGGCAAGUCGCAUGAGUGUUGUGAGCAAUUACAGUGUUGCGUCAAGCAUGAAAGAUGCGCCACCAUUACCGCCAUUACCCCAACUUCCUCCCAUUCCUAGCAUCGCAGACCAAUGGCUUCAAGGCCCUGGGCAUGCACAGGCAUUACGGGCACCAAGGCCCAUUUCGGUUUCUAGAUUCAACCUGCCUCAGGCCUCUUAUCGGGAUUCUAUCGCAUCUAGCUCUCUUCAGCCGCUCCAGGAGGAAUCACCGACCGAGCCGAACCGCAAGUCAUAUGUCUCAUUCGAAAGUAACUCUGAUGGAGUUGAUGAACCCAAUCCCCUACGCCAGAGCUUUGAGAGCCUCAGCGUCGCUGCUACAGAUGGUGGUUCGUUCAAUGAUCGAAUGAGCGUCAUUGUGGCCGAGGAUGGCGAGGAGGAAGACGACGGCCUUGUUGACUUCUUGGCUGGGAACAACUUCGCCCCUAAGAACUGGAUGAAGGGAUCUUUGAUCGGCGAGGGUUCCUUUGGAAGUGUAUUCUUGGCUCUCCACGCCAUCACCGGAGAGCUAAUGGCCGUUAAGCAAGUCGAAAUCCCAUCCGCUACCAAGGGCACCGAAUUUGAUCAACGCAAAAACCUCAUGGUCACCGCCCUGAAGCAUGAAAUUGAACUGCUGCAAGGCAUGUCCCACCCGAACAUUGUGCAAUACCUUGGUACUGUCGCCGAUGACCAGUACCUGAACAUUUUCCUGGAGUAUGUUCCCGGUGGUUCCAUUGCUACAAUGUUGAAGCAAUACAACACAUUCCAAGAGCCUCUGGUCAAGAACUUUGUUCGACAAAUUUUGGCUGGUUUAUCAUACCUGCACAGCCAGGACAUCAUCCACCGUGACAUCAAGGGUGCCAACAUCCUGGUUGAUAACAAGGGUGGUGUCAAGAUUUCCGAUUUCGGUAUCUCAAAACGUGUCGAAGCAUCCCACCUCCUUGGUGCACGCGCCAGUGGCAGCGGUGGUGGUCACAUCCACCGAACAUCCCUUCAAGGCAGUGUGUACUGGAUGGCUCCCGAAGUUGUACGACAAACCGCACACACUAAGAAAGCCGAUAUCUGGAGUCUGGGAUGUCUUGUCGUUGAAAUGUUCAUUGGCGCUCACCCCUUCCCUGAUUGCAGUCAAUUGCAAGCUAUCUUUGCCAUUGGAAGUAACAAGGCUCGUCCCCCUGCUCCAGACCAUGUAAGCCAAGAGGCCAAGAAGUUCCUUGAUAUGACUUUCCACCUGGAGUACGAGCAGCGACCUACUGCAGACGAACUGCUUAAGUGCGAGUUCCUGUCUACACCCAUCGCAUAA